UGCAUUCGUUGCAGAAGUUGGCUGCCACGUAUGGCAUUCUUUACAUUAUUUUAGGCUUUGUAAAAAAAAAAGAUUGAAAUUGAAAUUGUCUUCUCCACUUCUCACGAGUAAGUGCAAUUAUCUAUAAACAUGAUCAUUUUCUCUCUUUGUUCGAUUUUGCCCUCACUGUUUGUGUUAGUCACUGGGGGAAAACUGCCCGACCCCGAAGUGAAAAUUGAGGUGAUACAGAAACCCUUCAUGUGUCACCGUAAGUCAAAAAACGGAGACAUACUUCUUGUUCAUUACGAUGGAUUUCUGCAGAGUAAUGGCACCAUGUUUCAUUCCAGCCGCAAACAUGGGGAUAAAAAUCCUGUAUGGUUCACUCUGGGAAUCCGGGAAGUGCUCAAGGGUUGGGAUAAAGGUCUGCAGAACAUGUGCGUAGGAGAGCGCAGGAAGCUGACUGUACCUCCAUCACUGGCAUAUGGCAAGGAAGGAAAAGGCAAAAUUCCUCCAAGUAGUGCUCUAAUUUUUGACAUUGAGCUCAUGGAGAUCAGAAAUGGUCCCAGGUCACAUGAAUCUUUCCGGGAUAUGGAUCUGAAUGAUGACUGGAAGCUCUCCAGGCAGGAGGUAAAAGAGUACUUGAAGAAGGAAUUUGAGAAACAUGGCUACUCACCUAAUGACACACAUCAUGAAGUGAUGGUUGAUGACAUCUUCAAAAAUGAGGAUGAAGAUAAAGAUGGUUUUAUAUCUGCCAGGGAAUUCACCUACCAGCAUGAUGAGCUGUAAAGGACUGUUUUUCCUCCUUUUUUUUUUUAAUAAUCAUUUUUUACACCUUAUUUGAACACUAUUGUCAAACCUUUGGCUAAACUUGAAAAUGUCAGUUCAACGUUGUGUUGUGUUUUAUAUUAAAAUGGGUUUGUAUUUAUAUUUCUACUGUACAUGCACUGAAAAUGCCACCACAUAUGCAUUUACAGGUUGCUGUUCUGGAUUCAUUAAAUCAUUGUUCUAGAAAUGAAAAACUGUGUUAAUUUAUCUUUAUUACCUUACUGAAAAAUGAGCUUUUUGCAUGCACACAGCUUUGGUGAUCUGGGACUCACUGAUAUACACUCACUGGCCAUCCCGUGUCUCCUAAUGCUGGGAUUAAGCCAACUUUUACAGAACUGCAUUAAUUCUUUGUGGCAUAGAUUCAACAACAUGCUAGAA